AUGCCCGGCUCCCUGUUCGCCGAGCUGGACCGUGGCGGGGUCGCGGGGUGCGGGCUGGGCGGGGGGCCCGCGCUGGACGAGCAGCGGGCGCUGCAGAUGGCCCUCGACCAGCUGGCGCUGCUGGGGCUGGACGCCGACGAGCCGGGGCCCGGGCACGGCCCGGGGGGGCACGGCCCCAGGGGGCACGGCCCGGGAGGAGGGCAUCAGCAGCAGCAGCCGGGGGCCGAGCCGGAGCCCGAGCCGCGCAGGAAGAGCGUCAACAUGACCGAGUGCGUGCCCGUGCCCAGCUCCGAGCACGUCGCGGAGAUCGUCGGCAGGCAAGGCUGCAAGAUCAAGGCCCUGCGGGCGAAGACCAAUACGUACAUCAAGACCCCGGUACGCGGGGAGGAGCCGGUGUUCGUGGUGACGGGCCGCAAGGAGGACGUGGCCAUGGCCCGGCGGGAGAUCAUCUCGGCGGCCGAGCACUUCUCCCUCAUCCGCGCCUCCCGCACCAAGGCGGGCGCGCUGGGCGGCGGGGGCGGCGGGGUGGGCGGCGGGGGCGGGGUGGGCGGCGGGGCGGGCGGCGGGGCCGGCCCGGGGCCGCCCGCCCUGCCGGGCCAGACGACCAUCCAGGUACGCGUGCCAUACCGCGUGGUGGGGCUGGUGGUGGGGCCCAAGGGGGCGACCAUCAAGCGCAUCCAGCAGCAGACGCACACGUACAUCGUCACGCCGAGCCGCGACAAGGAGCCCGUGUUCGAGGUGACGGGCAUGCCCGAGAACGUGGACCGCGCCCGCGACGAGAUCGAGGCCCACAUCGCCCUGCGCACCGGCGGCCUGGUGGAGCUCAGCGACGACAACGACUUCCACGCCAACGGCACCGACGUGGGCUUCGACCUCCUGCACCACCACGGGCCCGGGGCCCCCGCCGGCCUCUGGAGCAAGCCCACCCCCGGCCCGGGCCCGGCCCCGGCCCGCAAGCCCUUCGCCGGCUAUCGCCACGACAGCUCCAGCUCGCUGGGCAGCGCCUCCACGGACUCGUACUUCGGGGGCGCGGUCGCCACCCCGCGCCUGGGCAGCUACAGCCCCCCGAGCCCCGCGCUGGCCUUCGCCCCCAACGGCAACGGCUUCGGGGGCGGCGGCGAGACAGGAGUCGGCGGCGGUGCCCCCUCCCCGGACUGCGGCUGUGCGGCCGACCUGCCCGCCUUCGACCCGGCCCCCGCCCCGCCGCCCGGGGUGCCCCUGCUCUGGCCUCAUCAGUUCGAGCGGCCCCCCGGGGCGGGCCCGGCCUGCCCCUCGUCUUCGUCGUCCUCGUCGUCCUCGUCCUCGUCGUCCUGCUCGGCCUCGGCCUCUUCCUCUCCGUCCUCCGUGGUCUUCCCCGGCGGGGGCUGCGCCGCGCCCCCUCAUGCCAACCUGGGGCUCCUGGUUCACCGCCGGCUGCACCCGGCCGCCGCCCCCGGCUGCCCGCGCCUGUCCCCGCCUCCGCCACCCCCGCUGCCACCCCCGCCCCCCGGGGGCCUGGGCCCGGACCACCCCUUGGCCCGGCGGGCGCGGAGCGACCCGGGCGGGGGCUGCCUGGGCGGCUACCCGGUCUACGCCAGCGGGCCGGGCGGGCCCCCUCCCGGCCUGCCGCCCUCCGACUCGUCGUCGUCGUCGUCCUCGUCCUCCUCCUCCUCGUCGUCGUCGUCCUCGUCCAGCUCCUCCUCGUCCGGCUCCGGCCUGCGGCGGCAGGGCAGCCGCGACUGCUCCGUCUGCUUCGAGAGCGAGGUGAUCGCGGCCCUGGUGCCCUGUGGGCACAACCUGUUCUGCAUGGAGUGCGCCAACCGCAUCUGCGAGCGCAGCGAGCCCGAGUGCCCCGUCUGCCACGCCACCGUCACCCAGGCCAUCCGCAUCUUCUCCUGAGGCGGCCCCGGGCACCGCCGAAGACCGCUCCCGCGCCCCGGGAACAGCCAGGCUCGGACUCGCCGGUCCGGUCCGGCGCCCGGGAAUCCGGAGACCGGAGGCGGGAAGGGGAGGGGACCCGACGGUCGCCAGGGAGUUUCGGUGCCGUCGAAAACGCAUGCGAUUAUACGGUGAAUUUUUGCCCGUGACUCCAUCCUUAGUAAUAGUAGUUUUUACACUGUACCCUUGCGACACGAAGCUUCCGAAAGCAGAGAUCUCACAACCUUCUUCUUUCCUCCAAAAAGUGAGGACCCCUCCCGCCCCCUCCCCACCGCCACUUCUCUCCCCCCCCAACCCGGGAU